GUCCCCUCACUGCAAGUACCUGCGCUGCACUGUACCCAAAGUCCCCCGCCCCCGCGCCAGCUCCGUCACUCCAAAAAAAAAGUUGUUUGCUCUGCUUCGUCAUCGCCUUCUCUUCUUCUUGUCUUCUUUUUAAUUCACGCAAUUCCUCUUAGCAUCUUCUUCAUCUUCCAACCCAGACAUAGCCCCUUCUUAGUUACUGAACCCUCUAUACAAUGGCUGCUGCUGCCCCAGGCCACAUUGCCCAGCUAGCUGCUGUGGUAGCUUCCAACACACAGCGCAUCGACGCCUAUCUGGCAGAAAAGGGCCUCCCCCAGCCAUCUUUUGAUGCUUCAGGUCCUUUCGAUCUCCAGCUGCCCGAGGAGCUCGAGCAGUGUCGCCAAGCAGCUCUCCUCGCCGGCGAAGAGCUCAACGAGCUGCUCCAAGGCCCUCGCGAGCUUCUCUACACGCACCAGCACAACCGAUCGGUAUACCUCCAGUUUAUUGCCCGCUACAACAUUGUCCAGCUCGUGCCUGUCGAUGGCGACAUUAGCUUCGCCGACCUCGCGGCCAAGAUUGGCGUCGACUCGACUGCUGUGACGCGCAUCCUCCGCUUUGCCAUCGCAUAUCGCCUUUUUGCUGAGCCUCGUCCAGGCUUUGUUGCCCACUCCAAUGCCUCCAAGCUUAUUCUACAAGAUGCCGGCAUGGGCGACUGGUUCCAUUCCAGCGUGGAAGACAUGUGGCCUGCUGGCCAGCGCACUGUCGACGCUCUGCAGAAGUGGCCGGCAGCCUCGGAGCCCAACCAGACCGGUUUCUCUUUAGCCAACAACACUGAUGGCUCUUUCUUUGAAGAGCUCGGCAAAGACCCCGCGCGAGCCCGCCGCUUUGGCGGUGCUAUGAGCUUCUUCAUCUCCGGCCCCGAAUAUGCAGCCAGCCACUUGACCGAGGGCUACGGCUGGGACAAGCUCGGCGAGUCUGCUACUGUUGUUGAUGUCGGCGGCUCUCACGGUGACGUUGCCGUGUCGCUGGCCACCAAGUUCCCCAAGUUCAAGGUCAUCGUACAGGAUCUUCCCCCCGUGUUGGCCGGUGCGCCCAAGCUCGCAGACGGCGUCCAAGUCGAGUUCAUGCCGCACGAUUUCUUCCAGGAGCAGCCUGUCAAGGACGCCGACGCCUAUCUUUUCCGCUGGGUCCUGCACGACUGGUCCGAUGUAUACUGUGUCAAGAUUCUACGUGCGCUGAUUCCCUCGCUCAAGAAGGGCGCCUCUAUUGUUAUCAUGGAGAGCAUCACCCCGCCACCCGGCGUGCUGCCCAACCCCAUCGAGCGCAAGCUAAGAGCCAUGGACAUCACCAUGAUGGAAAUAGGCAAUGCCCGAGAACGUGGCUUGGACGAGUGGCAAGCCUUGUUCAAGGAGGCUGACUCGCGCUUUGCCUUCCAGGGCGUUAUUCAGCCGCCUGGAUCUCGCUUGGCGAUCCUGGAGCUUAAGUGGGACGCUUAAAGCCGCCAUCGUCGGGAAUAAUACAUUGCAUGCUCGAAAGAAAAAGGAUUUUGGGUAGAGUUUGGUUUUAAUAUUGGUAUACUCAUAAUUAGAUAGAUUUAAUGAUGUGAUGCAAACAAGUGCAAAUUGUGUUGAUAUGUGCUGUUUCGUCAGGUGGCCGGAUCCGAUAAGAAGGACCGCACAGAAAGUCAGAGUCUCGAAUGUUGAUAGAGUCAACGCUUGAGACGCAAAAUCACCAUUUUGAAACCGAUGUAACAAAUAUGCCAUUUUAAAACACACUCAAAAUAUUAACCCAUUAUUGUACUAUGCAAAGUCUCUAGUCUAGUCGCUGUUUGUAAAUGCAUUUCUCCUGUAGGGUAGCGUCCCCUCUCUGACCUAGUGUGUGCUGUAAAUGCUGCUACGCUCCCCUGCAAGUUAAUGGGAUGAAUUAUGCCAUACCUGCAUAACAUGUUUCCAUUCCACCGAAACGUACAUCAUUUUCUUUCCCAGCCUGAUAUGCAGGCUAUUAUGUUUCUGCCUAGCGACUGCUGCUCAUGCGUACUACACAACCAUGCCCAUUCGCUUUCCAAACACAUCAUCACCCUUGCGUUUCUGCUAGUAUGUGUCAGCGGCAUAAACACCGCCGUCUGAUCGCCAGGCUAGUCUUAUCACCGAGGCGAAACAAAAAUCACGCCGUGCGAGAAGCGCAGCAAAGCAUGACGCACCAGCGCCGAUCUGCUUACAUGCGCACAGCGUCGCAAUACAGCCGACCAACGACGUACGUCCUGGAUAUGCGCCGACCACGGUAAUACCAACGGGCGGCGAGUGCCGUGUUUUCCGUCGUAUUCACCCUACCAGCACAGUAGCACUCAGCUCGGUCGAACCCACUGUCUGCGUGCGAUGCCACCCAACUCAUGCGAGGUGUACAGACGUCUCCGGAACAGGUGAAAACAGGUACGCUGUAACUCUGCUGGGAUUAAAAGUACAAACAAUGAGUCGGAUCAGGGCAGCAUUGCAUUGGAUGGUCACGAAGGAAGAGGAGAACGAAGGCCGCUAGAACCUCUUUGGGCGCCAUUUCCCAAUGUAACCCUUCGUUCACCUCUCACCGAUCGUCACGCCGGCCCAAGUACAAAGUACUCUACAAAAAAAAAGACCCUGAGGAGUUUAUUGCUGACACUCGUCUCGCCGCCCUAACGCAAGUUACAGAGUAUUGACCCGCCCACUCAUGACUAUCCAUAAUCCCGGUAUUCCAGUUAGCCGUUUUUGCCAUUUAUAUUAGCGAUAAAAAACGAGGUCGGCAAUUGAGGAGGGGGGUAGGGCUAUUCUCCGCGGAGGUUGGGAAAACCAGUUCUGGUGUUGGGUGCAAAGUACGGGGAGGGAUCAACCACCCGCCCAUUCAUCACCAUCUCGUGUCUCGCAACGACUUUUAAUUGAAUACGAGCGGAAGCUGAGUUCAUUAUGACUUAGCUUAUUGAAAUAAGGUAUUUUUGCUUUGUCUUGGCGAGCCGCUAACGUUGUCCACGCAGCGCCUAGGCGAGGCAAUGGGGCUGUUCUGCGCGAUCAACGCCCACCGAUUCAGCCUCAGCUGAGAGGGAGAGAGCGAUUUGGUACCGGUCCUGGGUGACAGACCAGAAUCUGGGGUGUGGGUGCUGCGUCUAACAGCUUGUCUUGCGGCGUAUUUGCAAGGCUGAUUUAACCGUUGUCUUAGACCUGCAUUCGUAUUCUUUCGAUUGUUGUACAAGGUUCGAAGGGCCAGGGGACAUUCGGUAGGGCAGACCAGGACGAGAAUAAGGCGAGCUACCGAACGGACGACAAAUUGGGAGAGGUAGGUGUAAGGUGUACUGUAGUAGGCACGGUGUGCAAGCCAGACUAUGGCCUCUGAGCUUCAAAGUGCUACAUUCAAUAAUGCUAGAUUGUGUGUUUGGCUACCUGCUCACUGGUUACGUGAGGAUGCGCCAGUGUAGAUACUGUCGUCAUUUGGCCUCUUCAUUCCAGUUGCCUCCAAACCGGCGCUGCACCUUACCAAUUACAUCAUCACCAGUCUGCCUGGCUGCCUCGUAGGCUAACCGGUAUACACUGAUGUUCUGAUAGAACAGCGGGCGUCUCUCCCUCCAGCCCGUCAAGCGGCGAAUCUUUUCGCUUGCUACCCACUGACUAUGCCCAAAGACGUACAUGUUGGUAUUAUUGCGCAUGCUCUCUGGAAGAUCUUGCUCAGGCACAUCGAACUCCGCGCCGACAAAGCCAUAAUCUGUAGACAGUGCCGUGACUAUUUGUUCUACCGUUUCGUAUUCCUCUGUUCCAAUGUUGAACACUUGCCCAGAUACCUCUGCUCGGCCUGCCUCAGCGUCUAAUCCGCCAUUUGCUGUCGUACCGUAUAAAGCAGUCUCGGCCAGGGCGACGUAGGCAUCGCUACAGUCAUCAACAUGAAGGCCAUGGAGAAUGCCUUGCCCAGAAAUACCGAGCUUCACCUUGUCUGCUGUUUGGCGAUGGCCUUGGAUGGCAGCCGCAUACUCAUCCAUGUAGGCAAACGCAGCGCUAUAAUAGCUGCCGCUGUAUCCAUAAAGCGGUGUCGGACGGAGUACUGCAAUGUCAAAGGCCCCAGAUCCUCCGUUUUUAUCUGACGCUUCAAUAGCCCUUCUUGCGCCUUCCGUACGGCCUUUGAUCUGGGGAACAGGCUGGAUGGGCGAUGAUUCGUCAUGGGCUUUCAGCAGCGAGUCGCCAUGAAGCAGAGUCGUGCCGUAGUCCUUGCAUCCCGAUGACCAGAGCACAAACGGGCGAAUGUUGGCGGUUUCCACCGACGAGGUAGCAAGCUUGACAAUAAUGUGAAUGAUAUCUGUCCAAUGUUGGGCCUCUACCGCGGCAUCAACCUUCGACGGCUCUGUGCAGGUGGCGAUGACAUCCCAUGUUUUGCUAUGGCCGAAGAGGAUAUUGCUCAGGCCAUCUGGGUCUGAAAUCGAUCCAACAAUUGGUAUCACUUCAUCUCUUGCGAGUGCAUCUGCGGUGCUUUCGCGGCGAACCAAUCCAUAGACAACAUAGUGGCGGCCGGGAGGCGCUCUGGCGCGGAGAAAUGAGCGACAUACAGCGGCGCCGAGAUAGCCGUUGGCGCCAUUGACGAGCACAUGGAUUGGCUUGGAGGGUGAUUUCGGGAGCGACAUUAUCUGGUGCAGUUGAAUGUUG